UGUUUGUGUUUUGUGCUGAAAUCCAUUGACGUCAAAGCGCCUGGCUGGCACGAGAAGCAUCUGUCAAUUAUGAGAGAGGGAAGUAACGCGCGAGCAUCCUGCGUAAACAGGAUGACGCAGGGGCCCCUGAGCAUAUGGGCUGUGCGCUGUGGUUACACACACUGUGUCUUUAGGCUCAUUGUGCUUUAUCUGCAUGUAUGUGCAAAUGCAUAUGUAGAUAUAUCAUAACACUGGCUUCAGUCAAAGAAACAAAAAGGUGUCUAAAUGGAGGAAUGUGGAUAAUUGCGCGUGUGUUUGCGUUUUCUUUACGUCCAUUAAGUACACAUCUGUCUGAAAAGACAGGAGGGGACAGGUCGCACACCCCGGAGGACGCGGUCCCGUGGGGAGAUGCAUCAGCAAGGAUGAGUGUCCGCGGAUGAAUCCAGCAGUCCGGUAAGAGGAGGAGCAGGCUUUGAAUUACAGGCCGCCCCCUCUCCGUCACCCAGCCCCCCCACCACCACCCCCAAAACACGGGAUUCAACGGAGGAAACGGAAAAGACGAAACAUACAAGAAGGUUUUUCAUUUCAAAACCCCGGGGCUGUGGAAAGAACAGAGAGUUCCUUUUAUAAACCCAAACUUCUCCACUUCUGGCUCCAUUGUGAGACCACAAAACCCCCGCUCUUCCAAUCUGCUCCCUCCACUUUGUGCCCAUCUUUUCCCCAGCUGUUUGCAGCUGGCAGAAAGCACCCGCCCUGUUCGGGGGAGAGAGAGAGAGAAAAAAAAAACGGGAGCGCGAGUGACCGGAGGAGGAGAGAGAUGCCACCCCAAGCUCCGCAGCCGCAGGUGAGGGAGAAUGCCCUGAAGUUCCUCAGGAGUUUUUUGGGAAUCGUCCGGAUCCUGCAGAUCGCCUUCGGAGCCGGGCUGUGGGUCACCAUCGCCGCGAACAAGUACGAGGGAUCCAUCCACUUCGUCCUGUUCGUCGCAGUGCUCUUCUGGCUCCUCACGCUCGCCCUUUUCUUCCUCACCCUGCUGGGCAAACAGGACCUGGUGCCGCUGCUGGGCGGAGAGCGCUGGUUGUGCACCAACCUGGCGCACGACGUGGCCGCCGCCGUGCUCUACAUGCCGGCCAUAGGGGUCAUGAUGUACAAGACGGAUCGCAACUCGUACUGCAACCUGGAGCAGUACAAGCACCUCUGUCUGUACAAGGUCUACCUGACGGCCGCCGUGUUCGCCUGCCUGUGCUGCCUGGCGUACCUCCUGUCGGUUAUUUAUGGGGCGUGCAGGAAGUGUCGGGGAGAACAGACGGUCAUCUGAUGGGACUGGUGGCAACAGGGAGGGAGGUGGGGGGGGGGGGAGGUUGGGGUAUGGGUCCUUCCACAGCAAGAUGAGGAAUAGUUAACUUCACUGUAAUUUAACUCAACAGCUACUCUGAUCUACUCUAUUUUAUCCCCCAUCACCCCCCAAAAAAAAAAAAAACCCUUCUUACAGAUUGUUUAGGGUUGGCUGAUUGGAAAAUGCCCAAGCAGCUGCAGGCACAGAGGCCUAGCUGCCCGGGGUGGGUGACUGAUAUAAGCAAUGUGUUGGGAGGCACAAGUGAUAUGUUUUUGUGUACUUGUAGUUCAGGUCAUGCCUCAACCGCUGAAGUCUGUGUCUCAGUCCUUUAAUGUCAUUUUCCUUCGUAAAUGGGGCUGCAACUAACUAGUCGUUUUCAUUGUUGACACCGAGGUGUGAAAAUUGCUGGUCACGGUUUCCUAAAGGGACGUGUGCAAAUUGCUUCCUUUGUCUGACCAAUGAUCUAAAACCGAAUUUUUCCCUCAUUUACUGUCAUGGAUUUAAGUUUGACAGUUUUAUUUGGCAGAUAACUGAAAUGAUGAAUCUAUCAGUUGUGCAGUCUCUAAAGGGUUAAAAAAAUAAUAAUAAUAACAACAAAAAACAAACUUUUGUCAAAUCAAGAGUCCAAAAACUGCAGGACUCUUCAUUUACUGUCAUAGAAGACAAAGGAAAGCCGCAAAUCCUCACUUAUAUGAAGCUGAAACUGGGACAUUUUGGACAUUUUUGCUUGAACGGUAACUAGAAGGAUUUUCUAACUAAUUGUUUAGUCUUUAAAAGGUUGAAAAAUGUGCGAAAUUCGAAUGUCAGUUUCAUAGAUCUGAAAGUGAUGUCAUCAAACUACUACUUUUAGCAAGUGAACCGCUGAAACCCGAAGACUUUUCAUUUACCAUCACAAGCGACAGAGAAAAGCCCCAAAUAGUUACUUUUAAGAAGCUGAAACCAGCAAGUCUUUGACAUUUUUCCUUUUCACAUGACUGAAACAAUGAAUUGAAAAUCAGAAUUGUUGACGGUGAUUUUCUUUCAGUCGACUAAGCGACCAGUCGUUGCAGCUUUAUUCAUGAAGAAUCAUUAUAAAGUUCUAGUGCGGGGAGUAUAUCAGUGUCAAGUUUACGAUACUGUGGCCUUAACAUGUGUUUUUUUAGAUUUGUGUUGGUACUGGGUAACUCUCCAUCUAAAACCUCUCAUUUCACAAGGGAUUCUUUACAUUAUCUUUUUUUUUUUUUAAAAGUAUAUAUUUUUAUGUGUUUUUGUAUGACAGCAAGCUAUACUGAACAUUUACGUUACAGUUUUUGUGUUGUCUGACUCACACAGUUUGUUUUUUGUUUUUUUUUUUAUCAGUGCCUUCUGUCAGAAUGCUGUAUACUCAACAAGGUUGUGACAACAACAACCCCACAGUAAGGAUGUGAUUGGUGCUACGAUGUGUCUGCUGAACAAAAAAUAUGCCUUAAGUGCUCAUUAUGUAAAGCCAUGGAGCAAGAAAAAAAAAAAAAAAAAAAAAGCGUACAAAUAAAGACCAGUGAGUGAGAGCCA